CUUUGACCAUCAGCCUGUUCUUCUCAGCUCUGUCUGCAUCCAAUCAUAUGCGAUAUGGUCCCUCUCCCGAAGACAGGGCACCAUCCUCCGGUGUCAUUGGUCGACAAGUCAUUGAAGCCCUCGGCCCCGUCCCCUCCAGAGAUUCCGGUGGUGAGCGGCGGCUACGAGUCUUUAUGCCAGCCGAUUCGCCUCACAUCAACCUUUGCAAAAGCGUCAUGUCAGCAGUCGCUCUAGGCUAUCCCCUGCCGACCCUGUUGAACUGGAGCGGCGAGUUCAACCACCCCGAAUGGCACUUUGCAGGGAGCCACAUUGCAAAACUUGAGAGCUUGCUCUCUGCCAUUGAAGAGCUCUUGGGACAGACUGACUUGGAUGGCGGUGCAGACGAACAUGACUUGGCUGUGCUUGUCGACGCAUACGAUAUAUGGUUCCAGAUGCCCCCGUCGGUGCUGAUUCAGCGGUAUCAUCGCCUCAAUAAUGAGGCUAAUGAGAGAAUACGACGAGAAUGGCGGGGAGCGCAGCAAAACUCAACUUCUGACUUCCCAAUGUCUCCCCCAGAGCAGUCCAUCAUUGUCACCACCGCCAAGGACUGCCAGCCAGACUGGGAAUCCGGCUCAGACCCCCAUUACGCUCACUGGCCCCAAUCGCCCAUGCCGAGUGACUUGUACGGACAAGGCACCGACCAAGUACUACCACUGCUAUUCGACCCAGCGCGCAAAUACAAAAACAUCCGGCCUCGCUGCAUCAACAGCGGCAUGAUCAUGGGUACCAUGGGCGCCCUCCGCCAAGCCCUCCGGCGCUGCAAACGCAAAAUCGAGACCGUUGCCCGCAGCGGCCGCCAGCUCUGGAGCGACCAAGCACUCCUUGCCGAAGUCGUUGGCGAGCAAGAGAUGUGGCGGGAGUGGAUGAGAGACCUAGAAACCACAUGGGACGGCACCAUGUCGAAAUACGACUUUUCAACUCUCAGCCCAGAAAUGCGCACCAUUGCCGCAAAAGCGCUUACAGGCGAACAGUUCGAGUUCGGCAUCGGACUCGAUUACAACUUCACCACUAUCCCGGCAACUUGCUCCUCCGAAGAAGACGGCAGCUUUAUCAAAUUCAGCGAUGAAAACGCCAUACGGGAAGCAUCACUCCAAGCCGGCGUGCCCAACGGCCCGCGCAUAACCACUCUCCCCGAAGAACUCACAAACCAAGCAGACACCGAAAAGGGUCCUCUCUCAAACAUCCUAUGGGGCAACGUCCCUCUCUAUACAGAUCUCUUCUUCGGCGUCACCCCAGUGGGCAUCCACCACAACGCGUACAUCGACGGCCUCAAGCCAAAACGCUUAAAACAGUGGUGGAGCAAGAUGUGGUUCUAUCCCCUACUCCGAGAACUAGUAAUCGCGCACUUGCAGAGCCUCGAGACAAAAAGGCCACUUCUGAAUAUGCCCUCUCGGCAAGAUAGAAAAGCAGAUGUAACGUAUUGGCCACCAGGCAUGCAGAGUCACGUCAAGCAAGUGACCGUGUUUGAACCGGCGACUGCUGAGAAGCCCGCCAAAUUGACGCCGAUAGACUGGGACGGCAUUUGCCAGAAAGGACGCACGCCAUGGUAUGAUGAGCUUUUCGGUGAUGAUAACGGGCCUUUACAGAUUAAAUAA